UCUUUUCCCAUUUGCUAUACAGUGAUACCAAAACAUACGUUUGUCCGGCGGCUUCCACGCAGUAAAGAAAAUAAUUAAUAAUAUAGCAGCUAAUUAUCCAAUUUGAAGAUUCAAUCAACUGUGAGCUUGUAAAUAGUGGAAAUGGCUAGCGUUGAACAAGUUACCAAAGCCGCCAAUUUCAUGAAGGUCGCUGCAGGAAAGAUAGGAUAUAAUUCUGAAAAGAUCAUAACAAGAUAUGCACCUAAAACCAACGAAAGUGUAUCUGGAUUCUCUUCAAUUAUUCAAUCCAUCGCACGCGAAAGCAAAAACGAAGUUAUACGCGAUAGUUUUUCCGAUAUUGAGACAGAACUUCAGGUCGCACAAUGGGUUGAUUAUUCUGUGCUGUAUGUUUCGCCGGCCGCCAAAGACAAACACGUUGCGAAAGCACUGUUGGAGGAGCUCAACAAAUAUCUGGAAAGUCGUUCCUACUUGGUAAAUCACAAAUUGACCCUGGCAGAUGUAGUGGUGUUUUACGCUAUCCAGAACUCAAUGGUUAACCUACAGCCACUGGACAAGGAGUAUUACCUGAACGUCUCACGAUGGUUCGACCAUUUACAGCAGCAAAAAGCAAUUCGUCAGGAUGAAAAUUUGAUCAACUUUUCAACCUUGCAUUUACUUGGCUGGGCAACUGGCACACAUGUUUAAAAUCUAAUCUGAAUUUGAAUAAAUAGAAUAUGAUACCAUUUGAA